AUGUCUUCCCAGAGAAACCAGACCGACUCCCACCAGGGCGGCUCGCUCUCUGACAUGGCGCCUACCGGCACCACCAUCCCCGGCGACGCCGGCAUCCAGAACAAGAUCCCGUCCGUGCCGCGCCCCGACCAGCGCGCAGAGAACCCACAAUUCACCAACGAGGGCCUGGGUGAGCCCUCGGGUGCCUUUGCGGCCGACAACGACACCAGCAUGCCUCGCGACCCGAGCGAUACGUCCGGCCCCACCGGGGAAGUGGUCACCGGGCAGGGGAAUACGCUCCCUACGGGUGCGGAGACGAAACGGAACGUGGGCAACUUUGGGGGUGACGUUCGGGAGUUUAAGCAUGCGACUUCGUCGUGA